AUGCGCAAGAUAGUAUGGGAACCUAGGAAAAGGACUUUGGAGCAAGAGAGAUCGGAGGAGGGAUUGGUGGAAGCAGUGGUGAAAAGAGGAGGGUUGUUGGGAGAAGGAGGGUUGAAGGGAGAAGAAGGGUUGAAGCAGCAGUUUUCAAAUGGUGGUGAGGAGGAGUUGAGGCGGUUUAUGGUUCAAGAGGUAAACAUCUUGAAAGAUGCAGGGGCGGAGUUUCUUGUCCUGGUGUGUGGUUUCGGGAAAGGCGUUGGGGAGCAGAGUUCGAAUGCGGCUGGUGUUGUGUGGCGGGCACUGCAGUAUGCGACUGGAGGGAUAGUGGAGGAUUUGACAAGAGAGCUGGACACAUUUAUCGACAACACCAGCACCAGUUUUAGCAGCAGCACCGGCAGCAGCAGCAGCGCAAGUAGCAGCAGCAGAAGCAGCAGCAACGCAUCUACCAUCUCCUCCCCUCUCCCAUCCCACAUGCUCACCCCAACCACCUUCGCCACUCCAAGCGAUUCCCGCACCUACUUCACCUCCCUCCUCUCCUCCUCCGUGGAAAAAAUCGCAGUCAAAUCCGGCGCUCUACCCUACAUUCUCUCCCCCGGAUUCGGCGAACACACCGACUGCAUAAUCGGCAUUUCAGCUAAAGGAGGAAGGUCUGCUCCUGCCCAUGCUCCCUCCUCUCCUGCCUCUGCUCACUCCCUUCCUGAGUCUGGUGAUUCUUCAGGGUCUUUGGAUAGGGAUGAGCCUUCUCGCUCCGUUCUGAAUGGACUGGAGUGGGAUGAGCCGGCAGUGAUCUCAUUUUUUGGGCCGAGAGGCGAGGUUCGGAGGGUUGUGCCUGUCCUUUGUCCUGUAGUAGGGGAGGCGGUAACUGCCGCGGCACUCGAAAGGGCGAUAAGGGAGGAGGACGUGAGGGGGGGAAGGGUGGUGGUGAUGCGGCAUGGGCGAUUUCAGGAGGGGGAGGUUGAGUGCGUUAGGAAGGUGUUGGGUAGGGUUGGGGCCCGGGGGACGUAUGUGGAGGUUGGGGAGAGCGGGCGGUGCCGGUUUGGACAUUCGGGAAAACGACCUGGGGUUGUCACUACAGCAGGUGGUGACGGUGGUUGCUGGGAUGAGGAGGGUGCAGCAUGGGGCGUUGGGGAAGGCUAA